GCUAAGUGGGAACUCAGCUGAUGGCUGUUCUUCAUUCAUUGGAGUAUUCUUUUAGUUGAACUAGAAGUUCUGACCUAACCGCCAUUACAAUUAGAUGCGUCCAAACAAGUUCGGACCUGAUAUUUUUUUAGAACUUGUACUUCGGUACCUUGAUAGAAAGGGCUAUUUGAGAAAGCCUGCAAGUCAAGUAAAAUAUAGUGAAGAAGAAAAAGAGUAUUCUUUUAAACUUUUGAUAGAUUGUACCAAUCAGAGACAAUAUAAAUAUAAUAUUGUUAUAAUAAUAUAAUAAUAUAAAUUAACAUCAGCUGUUCAUAACAACGAUUACAUUUAAAGUUGUGAUCUACAAAAGUAUAAAAAGAAUAAAUAAAAAUGCUUGAGACUGACGACAAAACUCCGUUAAAUGUGCCUUAUAAAACGAUGUCUACCGAAGAGGUUUUUGAACAGUUUGAAGAUGAAGAGGCCGAAAUUAAUCUAGGCGGUACUCUACCUGGUGGGAGAAAGCGUCUCUUCUCCAAGGAACUACGCUGUAUGAUGUAUGGUUUCGGUGAUGACCAGAAUCCUUACACAGAAAGUGUUGACCUGCUGGAAGAUUUGGUUAUUGAGUACAUAACUGAGAUGACACACAGAGCUAUGGAGAUUGGACGUACGGGACGAGUUCAGGUGGAAGAUAUAGUAUUUUUAGUGAGGAAGGAUGCCAGAAAAUAUGCUAGAGUAAAAGACUUAUUGACAAUGAAUGAAGAACUCAAGAAAGCAAGAAAAGCUUUUGAUGAAGUUAAAUAUGCAGAAUAACGUCAUUGACUCCCACACCUUGGUAAGAGGAGCCGCACACUGCCAAGGGAAUCCUGUGCGCGGAAAUAUAAUCGUGGAUACGCUUCUUACGUUGUGCGUGACCCACCACGUGCUGCGGAAUGCAAUCCUUCAAGACAGCAAUGUGAUGCGCUACAGGUUCCUCCGUGAUGCAUAAGAUAUCCCUCACUCCGUCGAUCGCCGUUUUUAAUAGCUGCUCCUCCGUCGGACUUGGCCCAAAGUGUUUCUCGAACCACGCGCCGCCCAUCAUUACCGUUAAUACCUGUUAUGUACAUAUAAGAAAUAAAACAAGACAUAAGGUAAAUGUCCCGGUAAUUGAACAUGAUCGAAAUCAUUGAAACGUUAAUGAUACAUCUGUAUUUAAUAUUUCUAAAAAAAGACUUUGAAAAGAUUUUGUUGAAAGAGAAGGUAUUUCUUAAUGCCAAUUUGUAAUAUUACUUAGUGAGUAUUCAAUCAUUGGAAUAUUAUUCGGUAAUCAGGACAUGAUUAAUUUUUCAGUUCAAUUACUAGUACAACCGGCAUUAUUUGAUAUUUCAUUAAAAUUAUAAUUCAUAUUUAUCUUUUAUUAUUUUGUUUUUCUUAUUAUUUUCCGAUUGCUGACGAACUAAAGUUUUAUAUAAACGUCGGUUUUGUAAGUAAUUAGUGAACUAUUGUUAGUAAUUAGUUAGUGAACUAUUUAUUAAUAAAAAUGUAAAACUCAUCGUGCUUUCUUAGUUUAGUCAUUGGGACAUUUACCUUAGAUGUGAGACUUGAACAGA